AUGUUGCAGUGCAUUGAUGAGUACUGUUCAGAGGUAUCAUAUAGUCUGAGAAGACUUGUGCGAGGUCUAGCUUCAUCAAGGAAAGGUGCUAGACAGGGUUAUGCAAUAGCCCUUACUGAAUUACUUUGUAAGGUGAAAGAGAUAGCUUUGGAAGAUGUAUUCAAACUUAUGAAGCAAGAACUUCAGGUGUCUGGAAAGAAGAGUGAAGAAAAGGAGUAUGCUUUUGGUCAAGUCUUUGCCUAUCUUGCUGUCAUCCAGAGUGGGAGACUCAACAAGCACAAUGGAGCGGAUUCUGUGUACGUCCUAGAGCAGCUACAUGCCUUGUCAAAACAGAAGUCAUAUCUGCAAUUGAUUUGUCUUCAAGGAGUCAUUGACCUUAUCAAGAGAUCAUCGGCCGAGCUAUUCUCUGAUCACAUAUGGCCUAUGCUGAAGUCUGAUUUGAAGCAAGGAUGGGAGGAUAUCUCACCCAAUAAUUUGGCCCUUCUCAUGGUCUGCAGACAAAAGUUUCCAGACGUUGUGAAAUCCAAGUUUCUUCAGAAUCACUAUGGCCAUGUUGAUCUGGUUCACCCAAGCAACUUCACCCACAUCAUCCAGAUUCUUACAAAAUCCACCAUGAUAAGUCAUCCUAUUGUCCAUCCAGUGUGUGAUAUGUUGCUAGCAUUGGUCUUCCAGGAUUCAUCAAAAGUGGCUCAGUUCUGGAAGGUUGUUGUAGAUGAUGGUCUGUGCACUUCUAAACACGAAACAAAGUACCUGGCAUUUUCCUUGCUGGAACGAGCAGUCCCCCUGUCUGAAGCUAAACAACUGAGGGCACUGUUUAGUGAGAAGCUCAUCCGUAGUAUGAUCAACAACUUGGCUAACAAGCAGGCUAUUCUCCAUUCAGCUGCUCUCAAAAUGAGUGAUAAUCUAGCAAAUGCUGUAAAGAACAUCAAAGAUCCACUUGUACAGUUCUCGGUCGCCAAAUGCCUGUUGUCAAGACCUGGGCAUGUGAAGUUUGAUGAUAUCACCAAGUCAAAGACAGUUUACUCCAUCAUCAGUAAUUUUAAUUGUGGAGCAGUGAAGCUGUAUCUGAAAUGGCUAAAGAGGUUAUUUCACGGCGGGACAGCAAGUAUAAGUCACAGAAUGCAAGAGCCUAAUCUUGAUGAAGACAGAAAAUGGAUCUGUAUGCAGGUGUUGACUUUGAUCAAGAACCCUAAGAUUCCCAGGGAAGAAGACUGGCUGCUUGAUGCUACCAGGCUUCUCUUCUUACAUGCCUUCUUCACAGUAGACACAGCACAACCAGACAUUCCAGAGUGUUCCAGCGUUCUUGAGACCCCUGUUAGCACUGAACUCUGUAAGGUGAUAAGCAGUCAUUUCUAUGGAGCUCUUGGUGUCCUCAGUACAAUCUCCCUCAGACCAGGUACAGAAGAGAUGGAGAGUGAAAGUGAAGAGCGCUCAUCUAGUCCCGAGUCAAGACAUAUGGGAACCACAUCAAGUGGAGAGCUGUGGGUGUCCCUACUUGGUCAUUAUGCACAGGAACUUUUUACGAGUGAAGGUGUCACCUGCAAUGUGGAGUUUCCAGGCAAGGCACUGGAUGCAUGGUCCACCAUGAUGGACUCUGUUUCAGCCAUACAGGCAAAGUCCGGGAAGACCAGUGCUAUGUCUUCUGGCCUGGCUUUCCAACUUCUUUUCUUACAUGUGGGACUGCAGAUGUUUUCAGAACCCAAGCAGAGUGCAGACAUACUCCAAGACCUUCAGUCAUGCUAUAAGAGGGCUCAACAAAGGAGAAGAUCAACAAAGAAGGAUAAAGAUGAACCUGAGUGGGUAGAGGUCAUUGUAGAGAUCCUUCUUAGUCUACUCUCCAAACCUUCUCAUCUCCUAAGAACGGUGGUUGAUCUCGCUUUCAAGAUGAUUUGCCCUCACAUGACACAGCCUGCCUUGCAGCAGCUACUUGAUGUCUUGGAUCCCGCUAAUAGCAAUGUUCAAGUCAGCCAAGAAUCAGAUGAAGAGGAAGAAGAAGAGGAGGAGGAAGAUGGAGAAGAGGAGGAGGAGGAAGAAGGAGAAGAUGAAGAGGAGGAAGAAGAAAAGGGAAGUAAGUUCACCAAGUUGAAGCCUACAAAGCCAUUAGCCAAUGGUCAUAAAAAGCACAGAAAAGCAGAUUCAGAUGAUUCUGAAGAAGACGAUGAUGAAGACGAUGAUGAUGACGAUGAAGAAGAGGAAGAUGAACACGCUGGAGAUCCUGCAAUGAAAGAUGAAAUCAAGGCAGCCUUAGGAAAUGCAGCAGUCCAAUCAGAUGGAGAGGACAGUGGAACCGACUUUGAACUGGACGACGAUGCGAUGAUAGCCCAUGAUGACGCCCUCAGUCAGGCAUUCAAAGCCAUGGCAUCUCGGUCGAGGAAGAGCAAGAAGGAAGCAUCCACCAUCAUGCUUCAUUUCAAACUAAGGGUCCUGGAUCUUCUAGAUAUCUUCAUCAAGAGGCAACAAAACAACACUCUUAUCCUGGAUCUAGUGGUUCCUCUUCUGAAGGUGAUAGAAUCAUCUGCUGGACAUAAAGACAACCAGCUAUUGGCAGAGAAAGCUCUCAACAUCUACCGCAAUAAACUAUGUAGGAUAAAGAAGUAUCCUCACAAUCUCUCCGACCACAAAGACGAUGUUCAUGAUACCAUUGAAGAGAUCAUCAAGAUUGCCAAGAAAGCUCACUCAAUGACCAUUGUGUCACUUGUUUCCUCUGGUUGUCUCUUUCUGAUGAGAGUUCUUCGAGGAAAUGUUGCCAACACAGACCCCUCGCCCUUGAAAACAAGAGGUCAGAGGGCAAAGGGAAGUGAGAAGAAGAAAGGCAAAAAGAAGACUGGAAAGGAAGAAGAGGAAGUGGAAGAGGAGAAGGAAGCGGAAGAGGAACCUGCAAUGGGAUUGAUGGAUGUUGGAAGGAUAACAGGGCUGUACGCUGAUGCUCUAGAAGACUUCACAAUGCAUAGAGCGACAUGUUUGCAUCCAAAUCUAUUCACAGAUCUGAUAGAUAGAUUCCCAGCUCUGGCAUGGCAUUUGUCGGACACCCUUACAACUGCUGCCCAAAAUGGUGUACAGCUAUACCGGAGGACACAAGCAUGUAGAAUGCUUACUUUACUGCUCAGCAAGAGACCUUACUCAGGAUCGCUUUCGUCAUGGCCAGAGGUCAGUAAGCACAUCCUGUCGGUUGCAACGUUAGUCAUACAAGACAUGCUGGGAGAAGGGUCUCAGUUCAAAGCCAAGAUGGCCAUUCAGUUUGUUCAUGCUGUACAGCAGUGCGCAUUGCUUGGACACCAUCUCAAUAAGGUUUCUGACUACGGUGAGAUAUCAACGGUUCUAGAGACAUUGAAAGAAAGAUCAGAGGUCAAGAGAUCAGGAGAAUUCAGAUCAGCUCUAGAUACAGCAAUAGCUGCUAUAGAAAAUAGAUCAAAGUUGAGCAAAAAGGGCAAGAAAAAGAGGAAGAAGUCAAGGAAAAGGAGGAGAAGUAUGUCCACAUCGUCCAUCUAAUAAUGUAAUAGCCUCAGUGUACAAAGCAUAUGUAUUAUUGAUAAAUUACUCAACAUAAACCACUUUUUUCCCCUAAUAUGAACAGGGUUUAAACUCAGAAUCCCCCCCCCCCCCCUCUUCUGCUGCUAUGGUUUUAACUCAGUCCCUCCCUUUUCCCUUAUAAGAAUAGGAGUUGAUUCCAAACUCCUCUAAUAUGAACAGGAUUAAAGUUCAGACCCCCCCCCCCCCCUUCCCCUAAUAAGAAUGUAGUUUACAUUCAGAACUUAAAGAGAAAUUCCAGUAGUUGCAGUAAACACUGAUUUCAUGAGAAAGUCUGUAAAACCAGGCUUAAUUGUCAGUAUAUCAUCGAGGAUCUAGAUCUGGUACAGUUACAUAAACUGAACUUUGUGAAAUCUUGAAAUCUACGCUGAAAAAUGUUCAGACUGAACUUCCCCAACACAGAUAAGCGCACGUGGGACAGUGUAUAAUUAUUGCUCUGAGCAUCGGGCCCGACGCUCUACCCGAAUCCUGUGCUUAUUUGCUGAUUUCUCAGCAAUUACACAAUUUCUUCCAGAAUCCUUUGGCACAUGCGUUUUAUUUAUACAAACAGACACUUUGGUGGUCAUUUCAUUGGAUUCUGUACGAACUCAUUUUGAUAUCGUUACCAAAACUAGCAUUUACCUUUAAACUCUUCUUAUUAUGAACAAGGUUCAAAUGAAGAAACCAGCGUCUUCCCGAGUAUGAAGAAAAUGUUGAAACAGAACUAGUCAUUUUCCCUCAAUGUGAAUAGGGUUUAAAUAUAGAGUCAUGAUAAUGAUUCAUCCCUUCUCAAUUCAUUUCCAAUGUUGAUAAUAUUUUCAAUAAAAAGUAAUUAUUUCAUUAUUUACCUUAGCUAUUUGUAAUAAGACAGUGAGUAUAUUGGAUUCUACCUCAUCCACAGCCUUUUUUUAUAAUUUUUAGUAUGUAUUUCAAACAGCAAUCUUUAGAUAACGUCAUUGUUAUGUAAGAAGUGAAAAUGAAAGCAAGAAUGGGCUAAGUUGUUCUUAUUCCCAGAUUUUCUAAUACCUCUAUGAUUAAAUCCAUUUGUGUACUAUCAAUUAUGUGAAAUUAAUUGUAAUGUUCUUUAGGUUCAUAUUCAACAUUCUAGCAAAAUGGAUUAAUAUAGUGCAUGUGCAAUAUAUUCUAAAUCUGGCAGAGGGGAGGAUGUUCCAUCUAGAAAUUGUCAUUACUCAACCUAAAUUUUUAUAUUAACUGAAGAUUUGAGAUAAAGAAUGUGCUUAAACUAUAAUUCAUACAGUCGGUUGACGUGUGAUUCAUGGAGGGUAUAUGUGUAAUAAAAACUAAAUAAAUGUCCAACUAUAUUACUCAUUAUAUCUGGCCAUUUCACUUUGUAGAAAGAUGUAUUAUACAUCAAUGAUCAAUGGAAAACUGACAAGUUGUGAGUUAUGUUGUGCUGUUUCAAUAUCAGAAAGAAAACCUUGUUUUCAGAACACUGAAAUCUGCAGCUUUGUAGUUUGCAAUAUGUGUAGUAGGAUAAUUUUGACAAUUGUUGAUUGUUAGAGUAUGCGCUGAUGUGAGAUUAAUGCACAAAGAAAGUUGAUUAUACCUCUAUCAACAGCAAGCUAAUAAACCAUGAAUUGCAUUCAUUGAUAUUAAUCACGAUCCUGCUGUAUUUAUGCUUACAGCUAACCUCCGAACACUCCAAAUGUAGAUCUUUGCUAUUCCAUGUUUGAUUACUUGUAAUUAAGCAGAGCACAGACUUAUCCAAAGAUGAAGAAGGGUAUGCAUUAUUGCAGCACACCUGUAAACCCAGAACACCAUACUCUUAACAUUUAGAAAGAUAUAGUUAUGAGUUAUACAUUCAAUAUUAGAAGUUGUAUGAUUUUCUUUUCAUAUUCCUUUCUUUAACAAUACUAGUAAUUGGCAUUAUGACUCUCCAAACUAUCUUAUUCUUUUCAUUUGAACUUGCUGGGCUCUGAAUAUAUUUUCAAUAUUUUAGAAUGUAUUUCCUAAAAAGAUGCCUCUAUAAGAAUUUCUAUUAUUGUUAUUAAUGAAUCAUGUGGGUGUUAUUUUGUUUUUUCAUUGUUUACUUUUUCCUAUGCUAUCCUUCUCUUGAUGUCACUUGUUAAUUAAUCCAUGUCCUCUAGCUUGUGUGCAUUAUUAAUGUAUGUAAUGGUACUGCUUUGUACAAUAUGCCCACCCUAGGACUUCGGAUAGAAUGUUAACCCUGUCAAAAAAUAUAUUAAAGAAAUUAUUUAGCAUUUACAAUGAUGUAAAUCAUGACUCGAUUGACUUCCCAAGUGAUUUUUAUCCCAUAUUAUGUAAUGCAUGUAAUUACCUUUUGGGGUAAAAUUCACCAAAUUGUGUAGCCCGGGGGGGGGGGGGGGGGGGUCUCAACUCACCUAAAGUUACCUGUAUGUGUAAUUAUUUUAUCAUUAUGGUGAGCAAAGUACCAAUAAUUUAUGUUUUGAGAUUUAUUACAACAUAUGUGAAAAUGCUGGAAAUAGCUGUGUGGCUCCAACCAGGUUUACGUCAUGCCUAUCUAGGAAACUAGAGAGGUGUUGAUACAUAUAUAUACUAUAUAAUAUUAUUUUGAACAUGUCUCUUAUCCCUUGUUAAAAGAAAUAAGUUAUAUUAACCUUUCUUGAGAUAAUAUCUGCAAAGAAUUAUUGCCCAAAAUAUUCGUUUAUUAAAUGACAUAUUCUGUAAACAAA